AUGGGUAUCAAGCGUCUUGUGGUCUAUCCCAAGGGAAUUGAGAAGGCUAAUUAUUUGGCUCUGUUUUUAAGCGUAGCUGAUUCUGAAACUUUGCCUUCUGGAUGGAGAAGAAACACCAAAUUUCGACUAAUUGUUGUAUAUCCAUUAGAGGAAUUCUCCCAAGUGAAAGGAGGACAAGCUUAUUGGUUUGAUCAAAAGAACCCCACUUUGGGUUAUAGAGAUGUGCUUCCGCUUACAAAACUUCUUGACAUAAAUGGUGGGUUUCUAGUGAAUGGAGAAGUCAAGAUUGCUGCUGAAGUUGAUUUUCUCGAAGUUAUUGGCAAAUCAGAUAUGUUAGAGGAAACUUCAUUGGUAAUGGAUGUCAAAGGGUUUCAAGUUCUUCCUUCACAGGUAAAUGCUAUGAACCGUUUGUUUGAAAGACACCCAGACAUUGCAUCAAAGUUCCAUAUAAAGAACCAAGAACUUAAGACAGCAUACAUGAAUGUCCUAACUAAGUCUCUGCGCCGGUGGCCUAAGAAAAUCUUCAAAGAUGAUCUGUCUGAUGCAGAAGCUACUCUUGCAAACAUGACAAACGUAGGGUUUAAGCUGGAUUGGUUGGAGAAGAAGCUUGAUCAAGUUAAAGAAAGUAAGGAGAAAGAGGAAGCUGGUGAGAUUCAGAUGCAAAAGAUUGAGGAAGACUUGAAGGAUUUGAAGCAUAAGUGCUCAGAACUUGAAGCUCAGCUGGAGAAGGAGAAAGCAGAGCUUUUGGCCUCCAGAGCUACACUCUCCUUGUCUGAUGACGAUGUUAUCUAA